GUAUAUCUUGGUGCUCCGUGUCAAAUUUGAUUCAUGUUUGAUAUUAGAAUUUUAUUACGAAUCACUGGAUGAAAAGUGGUUCAAAUUUUAUUGAUAUCACUUGUCGAUUAUCAUAUUCUAGGAUUUAAAAUAUGCGUUAUCAAGGUUGAUAACAAUGUUUGCCAAAUGAUAGGGAUGAAUCAUAUAAUAUAUUUAACAUCAAUAAUAUCUGUUUUGUGUGGAAUAGUUGCAGUUUCUCCAUCAUGCCUAUAUUAUUUUCACUUUCUCAGUUUGUUUAUAUUCAGCAUAUUAUUAGGAAUUACUACUGCUCUAUGGACGAAUAUUAUGCUUUCUUUGCCACACAAAACUACAGUGGGGGCUGAACAUACCCUCAAGCAGUCUGAACAUUUCAGAAACAAAAUUAUGAAGGAUUAUGAGACUUCACCCACUUUGAAAGCAGUUUCAUCACACAUACCUCAUAUUUUUGGACGAACAGUUGACAGUUUACUAAUGCAGCUACUAGACUUUUUGAUUAGGGAUUAUAUCUUGAUCUAUCUAACAGACUUCGCUUAUGAAUUGGAUACUUUGGGAACCAAUAUCAAGGAUGACUUAUGGGGGGCCUUGAAUACACUCCAUGAGAAAUUAUCCAGAAUAGACCGAGCUAAGCUAAUAGCAGGAGACAUUGUUCUGAAAAUUACAAAUCAUUUUGAGAGGAUCAGAUUGGCGAAAGCAGUAGUAGCCGAAUCGGAUCGGCCGCCGAUCUUUCAACUUUCUCCUCAUGUUAUGUCAUCUGAGAAAGAACUUGAGUAUCUACGUACACUAAGUGAGCUACUGAUUAUGUUUCUACUGCCAAGGACCUAUUCGUUAUCUCCAACAAAAUAUUUCGUGAGGGAAGUCCUAUGUUGCAAAGUUCUUAAACCAGUGAUUGACAACAUCACUGAUCCAGACUUCUUUAAUCGCAAUGUCAUAAUCUAUAUUGAAGCAAAUCACGUGCAUGUAGACCUACCAAAGAAGGCUCUUGAGAGUGCUAACAAUUUUGAAGAUUUAAUUGAUAAAAUUGAUGAUAUUCAAGUGCUGAGAUCAAUCAGGUACAAUAUUGUGACAAAAUUAAUGCAAGCUACAACCCUUCAAAACUUGAAUCGUGCAAAAGGAGUCGAUCUAGACAAUGACAAAACUACCUUAUCUUCUGCUGGUGUACAAAAGUCUGAUAUCAGCGCCGCUAAAAAGCUGAGAAAGCACAUAAACCAACUGACUUCAGCUAAACAACAGUGCGAGAAAAAGUUGAUGAGUCUCGGUUGGGAUUCAGGAUGUCAGUAUGGAGAUGAGAUGAAAAGGGUACUGUCUUUACAGACUAUUUUAGAGCAUGUUCUGGGUAGGAAAUAUUUAUCCCAGUUUCUGCAAACUUUGGCAAGCCAAGACUUGAUUAGAUUCUGGACGUCAGUGGAGGAACUGCGUACAGCUCAAAGAAAAAACUGGCAUCAACUUGGUGCAGAAAUUUUUUAUACUUUCAUUAGAAAUUCCACUUCUGAGAUAAAAGUCGACAAGACCACCAAAAAACGCAUGGAAUCAUUUUUAUUAGGUGAUAAGGGACCAGAAGUUUUUUAUGAAGUGCAGAGGCAAGUUGUUCAAACUUUAGAAGAAAAAUAUUAUCAGCCUUUUUUAAUCAGUGACUAUUACAAAGAAAUGGUUAACGCCAUCGAAAGAGAAGAUGAGUUGACUGAAGAAGGCAGUAGGUCAGUAGAUGACAAACAGAUUUCAACAGACUCUUUGAGUAGUCCAGAGAAUAACUUGAAUGUUGGUGACCAUUCGAAUUAUGCCAGAAGAAAAUUAGAUCAACUAGAGGAAAAAUUGAACAAUAAGUCUCAGGCUUUGGAAGCCUUACGUUUGUCAAUGAGGCCUGAUUCGAAGGUUCUUAGUAAACUGGAGAAUGCAGUUGAAUGGCUGCAAGGCGAGAAAAGACAACUGGAGGCCCACUUGACAAGAACAGAGAUUUGGGCAGAGAAUUUAGGGCGAUGGAGGGCUAUAGUACAAAGUGCAGAGAUACCCAAUGAAAGAGAACCACUGCAGUUUGUAUUGGUUGUACAGAUGUCUGAAGAUGAAUCUCCCGAUGGGGAGGAAACUAUUUGUACAGGUUGGGUUGUUUGUAGGAGCUUAACACAGUUUCAAGAGCUACACAAAAAAUUGCGCCCUCUGUGUUCUGAUAUACGCAGCUUGGAACUUCCUUCAAAUACCUUCAAGUUCCUCUUCGGGAAGACUGACAAACUUACUUUGGACAAGGCUAAACAGCAAAUUCAGAAGUAUUUGAAUUUUGUCUUAAAGGAUGACAGGCUUAAUCAAAGUGAAGCUAUAUACUCUUUUCUGAGCCCCAGUUCAGAACAUUUGAAACAUUCCACACCGAGCCCCAAAAAGUCUAGAUUUUUCUUCUCGACAUUGUUCAAGAGCGGUAGCGAACAAAGUAGGGACUCUUACUCGAUUCUCAAAGAGAGUGAAGAGGAAUUUAUGGAGCAAUAUUAUAUCUGCAUGUGCCCGUCUUCACGAAUUUCCAUUUUGAUUAACAAAAUGAUUCUCUGCCUCUGCAUCAAUCGGUAUAUUCUGAUUCAGGUGACCUACGGCCGCAACAUAAACAGGCAGAUUUAUGAGACGAUCUCUUGGUGGUUUUCAGAAGGAAUGUUGCACUACUAUAUAACGUUGAUUUUGAAAAAUUUUUGGCCGGGCGGAACGCUAGCUGUUCCAGCUGCCAAUAGGUCGAAAGAAGAGAGAUUACGAACUGCCCAGAAAGCCCAAGAAAUGUUUGUAAAUAAUGUACCAGAGUUACUUACGACGCUGGUGGGAAAUAACGCUGCAAAAAACGGCGCUAAGAAAGUGUUUGAUGCAUUUCAGGAGAAAAACAUGAACAAACAUUUAUUUUACGAAUUACUGGAAGUUACUUUGGAUGCAGUGUUUACGGAACUGAGUUGAGAUCACAUCUCUAUUUUUUUGUUUUCACCUUCUGAGGUGUUUUAUUUUUAGAGGUUAAUAGUACAAUUUUUGUUAUAUGAACAAUUAUUAUUUUAAUAUAAUUUAGGCAUAACGAGGCUUAAACGCAUUUAUUUAUAUAUCUAGAAUAGAUUUAUUUAUCUUCUAUUUCUAGUCAAAAUGUGAUUGAUACUUGUUGGUACCAUUAUUUUCAUGACCAUUCACCACACUUCAUUAUUUUAUUGAAGUAUGUUUUUAACUAAUGUUUUUAAUAGGAAACAGUGUUGAAAAAUUAUAUAUUAACUUACUACUGAA